AUGUCGGGGCAAUCACAAUCACAAUAUGCCGCAGCUUCCCGUGUUCCUCUGAUAAAGUCGCCUAGUCUUCGCGUGCCGCGACCAGUUGAGUUGCCUCCAGAUAUUCAUCCAUUGCCUGACAACGUUACUGCAUAUUUCGUCUAUCCUUUUACCCUUGAGCCCCAUGUGCUCACUCUGGAGGAUUCUCGGAGAUCUACGCUUGCUGCGCAUACAGCUCGUCGGGAAGCCUUCCUAAAAGCCCGGGAGGACGAGAAGGAGCGGCGGAAACUCGAGGCUCUUCAUCGCAUCGCGCCCGGUUUUGAGCCUCGAGGUACGCCGCUCGUCCCUGUCAAGCGAUUUUCCAUGGUCCCAAGCCCACCGUCGCCUGUGUCUCAAGAGAACACGGGGCACACUUCUUCCAAGUCUGUCAUGGAAGAUCUCGUAGAUCAGCUGGCUGCACUAUGA